AACAACUAAAAAGUAUAUGAGGUUAUCCACUCGCCAGACUAAAAAUUGGCAAAUUAUUAAAAAAAAAUGUUUAAAUUAAAAACGUGUUUUAAACUGUUAAUAAUAUGUCAGUUAGUUUUAUUGCAAAUAACACAAGUUUUCCCACAAAUUCAAUCACGUAUUGUGGGUGGAAAACCAACCACAAUUAACCAAGUACCAUAUUUAGUGCAACUGUUGGAAAAUGGUAAAUUUUUUUGCGGUGGCACUUUGGUAGCUCCACGCUUUGUUGUCACCGCCGCCCAUUGUGUUAAGGGUAUGCAAGCCCGUCGUUUGUCGAUAGUGGCCGGUGCUACUAAGCUAUCCCAACCUGGUGUUCGAUCUAGAGUUAGCAAAAUAAUGGUGCCCAAAGGUUUCAACAAAGCUACCAUGAAUAUGGAUGUGGCAGUUUUGAAACUACAAAAACCAGUUAGAGGCAAAGGAAUACGACCUGCAGGUUUGUGUAAUAGAAAUUGGCGUCCAGGCGCACCAGUAAAAGUAUCCGGUUGGGGAUUGCUAAAUGAAAAUGGUAGAAAUGUGGCACAACAAGUACGCACUGUGAAUGUGAGAGUGAUUGGAAGAGCUAAAUGUCAGGCACAAUAUGGUCGACAGGCUCUGAUUAGCAGGACAAUGUUUUGUGCAGCUAUUCCUGGACGUAAAGAUGCAUGUUUAGGUGAUUCAGGUGGUCCUGCUUUUGUAAAUGGUCAAUUUUGCGGUGUAGUAUCAUGGGGUAUUGGUUGUGCCCGUAGAGGAUUUCCGGGUGUCUAUACUAAUGUCAAUGUGGUUCGUAAGUUUAUAAGAAACGCCAUGAGAAGGUAAAGGAUGGUAAAUUUUAACAGUAAAAUAAAGGAUUUUUUUAAUAACGCAUAUUAAAA